GCACGCUGAUUGGUCGAGAUCAGCGGUCACAUCAGCUGGUUUAGUAUAUGAUGUUAUUUUUGCUUCAGACACGAAUGAAGUUACACAGACUCUAGCCCACCGAGAUAUACGUCACAAUUUGAUCAGACUAAAAACAAGAACUGUUUUGAGGUUGCCAUGGCACCGACAAAGUAUGAUCAAAAGCCGGAGCCUGGAGACCUCAUUGAAAUCUUCCGAGGCGGAUAUCAACACUGGGCUAUUUAUGUUGGUGACGGUUAUGUAAUACACCUGGCACCACCUUCUGAACAUGCUCAAGCUGGAGCCUACAGUAUGAUGUCAGUAUUAUGUGACAAAGCCACAGUGAAGAAAGAAGAGAUUCAUGAAAUAGUUGGCAAUGACGAAUACUGUAUAAACAAUCUUUUGGAUGAGAAAUACGAGCCACGUCCUGUUCGAGAGAUUCUACGGGAUGCACACAGUCUUUUGGGACAAGAACUUCCAUAUUGUGUCAUUAGGGGCAACUGUGAGCACUUUGUUACGGAGUUGAGAUAUGGAAAAGCACACUCCCGCCAGGUGCGGAAAGCGGUGGAGGUUGGUGUUGGAGUUGGUGUUGUUGCAGCACUAACUGUAGGAGCUCUUGCUGCAGCAGCAGCCAUGUUCGGCUCAAAAGACAAUCAGAAACGGAAACAGUAAAGACUGCGAAAUGAAGAUGUGAAAGCACAGUUGUGGUGGCCUUUGGAUAUUUAAAGUCUGUAGAAUGUUUAUUGCAUUUAAUAAAAAUAGUGUAACAUUUAAUAUAUCGACUGGGCAGGCUUAGUUUUAUGAGCACAAGUGGAAAUAUUAAUAAACAACAUAAACAGCCAGCAACUAAAACAUAA